GCGAUGUUGCGGAGGUGAGGAGCUGAGCGGCCGCAACCGCCGCAGUCGUUCGCCAUGGGUCUCCUGGGCGAGGUGACGCGAGGCCUGGUCCGCGGCGCCGACCGCAUGUCGGCCUGGACGAGCAAGCGGGGCCCGCGGACCUUCUUCAAGAGCCGCGGCUGCAAAGUCUUCGGCUGCAUCACGUCGAGCCGCAAGUUCCGCCUGGAGAAGGACCAGGUGCCGGUGCUGAUGGUGCCGGAUCUGGCGGGCUUCAAGCUGAAGGCCUACGUCUCCUACCGGGCACCCGCGGGUAGCGAGCCGCCCCUGACCGCCCGCACCCUCUUCCAGCAGACCGCCGCGCCUCUGAUCGAGAAGGACGUCAAGGGAGGCACCUUCGACCCCGACGCCCUGGAGAAGUACGGCUUCGAGCCCAGCCAGGAGGGGAAGCUCUUCAGGCUCUUCCCCAAGAACUUCGUGCGCUAGCGGGCGGAAGGAAUGAAAGGAAGGAAUGAAAGAAAAGAUAAAAGAGAAACACACACACACCCAGUGGAGACAAAUUGUCCCCCAGGACUGCAACUUUAUUGAACCCUUUCAAAUACAGGAUCGAAAGCAGAGGAAAAAAGACUAUUGAAAGCAGAGGGAAAAGAUACAAUUUCCUGGAAGAAAAAACACAAUUUCCUGGAAGGAGAGAGAGGAAAAAAUAAUUUAUUGGAAUAAUAGGGAAAAAGAUACAAUUUCCUGGAAGAAGAGGGAGGAAAAAAGACAAUUUCCUGAAAGAAGAGGGAAGAAAAAAGAAUUUAUUGGAAGAAGACGGGUAAAGACACAAUUUCCUGGAGGAAGAGGGGGCAGGAAGUGACAAUUUUCCUGGAAGACAUAAUUUCCCGGUAGUAGAGGGAGGAAAAAAGACAAUUUCUUGGAAGAGAAAGGAGAAGACACAAUUUCCUGGAAGA